CCCGUCAGUUAGACACGCGCGUCGCACUCCGCUAAAAACAUGGCCGUUUGGAGCACAGAAGCCGUUACGGAAUUCAUCCGCUUAUUCCGGCAACAUCCAUGUCUAUGGAAAGUUAAAUGCAAAGAAUAUAGCAAUCGCACUAUCAGAAACAUGGCGUAUGAUGAACUGGUGGAUUAUUGCAAGAAAAUAGGAUUUUUAUCGGCGAAUCGGGAAUUCGUGACGAAGAAGAUUCAAAACUUGAGAGGAUCCUUCCGGAAAGAGCUUAAAAAAGUUGCAGAAGCGCAGAAUAGUGGAGGCAGCAUAAUAUAUAAAACGAAUCUUUGGUACUAUGACCUACUUUAUUUUACUAAAGGUCAAGAGGAUGAUAGCAAGGAGGAGGAAACUGAGCCGCCUAGGAGAAUCGCAUCACCGCCAUCUCCUGCUGACAACUCCUCGUCGCCCAUUCGCGAUUACCAGUUUGCAGAGGAAAGCAAUGAACCUAUUCAACCACGAAAAGCAUUAAAGAGGAAUGCAUAUGUCACCGAUACUCAAAUAAAGUUAAUGAAAGUGUGCACAGAGGCAUUGAAAAGGAAAGAAAUUACAGAGUUCGAAGGCUUUGGUAUAUCAGUUGCUAAAAAAUUAGAAAAAAUGAAUAGCAUCCAGGCACUGUAUGCCGAAAGCUUGAUACAAUCCGUUUUACGAAAAGGUAUAUUGAAUCGUUUAACCGAAGAAACGGAUAUUUGCGAUAAGCAAUGCAAUAACAAUGUUUAUUUUUCGUCAAAGCUGACACCAUCGACGUCAUCAGAAGCCCCAGAAGCUACGUGUAACGAAAUUCAAAACGAGGAUACUGAACCACCACACGUAGACCCACCAAGCACUAAUUUAUACGAUGACUCUUUUGUUAAGGUCGAGCACUUCGAGGAGGACUUAAUAAAAUAUUAA